AUGUGUCCUCUACCUGCCGCUUCGCUCACUCAUUACCAGCUUACAGAGAAUGAAAGUAAAGCACACGCAACAGAUGAUGUAUCCGAACACCACCAUUGCCCAACGGAAACAGGCACAGGACAUGUUCCCGUAAGCACAUUAUCAACCAACCCCAGUACCUUAGGUGAUGGUAGUAGUGAGAACAAUUCCACGUACCUUACGAACUCUCCCAGAGGUAGAUUGGACCGAUACAAGCUCUACUCAUCGCCAUCAUCUUCAUUGCUAUUGAAAGACCCACAGCACAUUCUUUCAGCCCAAUCAUCAACUCCAACCAACAAUUCAUUCCCUCAACAUCAUCACCUUGAUACAAUUAAAUCAAUAUCCACACAAGACCAUUCAUCGAGUCCAGUUGGAAGCAAAACUCCCAAGACACCGCACCUGAUUGCUACAACCCAAAUUACCAACAACACCCCUCGCUCUUCAUCGCUCAAGAAAUCAUCUUCAAAACUCGCCGUUAAAACCUCUCCCAUAACGAUCCGAAAGAAGGCAGACAGUGAGCAGGCAUUAAAAGAGGAUACACCAUCCAAGAAGACGAGCAAGAACCGACCUAGCACUACAGGUCAUUCAGACUACAAACAGAAAGGAUCAAAAGCACUACCUAAUCACCUAAUAUCUGCCUCGUUAUCACCAGUAGCCUUAAAGACAGGAAAACGAAUGAAGGAUCCGACUUCACCUAUGCAGAUCAAGAUGCAUGACAUCCAUGCUACGCCUCCAAAGCAUUUGGAAAAGUUUUUAAAAUUUUGCCACCCCCUUAUGAAGAGAUCUUUAGAUGCAAAUCAAGUGGAUGAAAUAACGACCACGCAAGGAGAGGAAGAGCAUGAUUGUGAUGAAGACGAAUCGAUGAGUAUGGGAAAUACUGAAACACAAGACAUGAGCUUGGACAAGAGUGGUGAGGAGAACCAACUGGAAUACACCUUGUCAAAGAAAGACUGCAAUACCACAACAAACACCUCGUUGAAUCACGACAAGGACACGACCUUGACAACUAUUACCAUUGUUGAUAAUACUGUAUUCCAUGAUUUUGAAUGUAUGUGCGAAAUAUGUAAAAAAGAACGAGAAGCUAUUCACAAUCACCAUCUUUCGCUAUCAAACAUGAAAAUGGUGCAUGAUUGUCCUAGAAAUAUUAUUAACCGUUCCAGCAUUUUGAAUGACGAAUGGCACGUGAAAAGAAUUGAAAAUGACCAUGGAAUUGCUGAACUACAAAAAUCUACCUUACUUCCAUUCGUAAAACCAAAAAGCCAAAUCUAUGUUAGGCCCAUUACAAACUUUAACGGAACAAAGCAUUUUUUGGGUGUUCACUCCAAUUCAGAUAUUGUCAAGUAUGUACACAACAAGGACCCCAAGCAUUUUAAACCAUUUGAAGAGUUUCAACUCAUUGCCAUCAACAAGGUAGCUAAAGAAAAGAGAGCAGCACAAUCCAGGCGUUAUUUUAAUUUGCUUCACAUUCUUCCCAUCAAAUGUAAACCAUUGAAGAAAAUCAUGGAUCUGUACAAGAUUGAUGAUGUGAUGUACGCCAUCUUUAUUCUCAUUACUUCGCUGGUGAAAGGCUAUAAGGUGAGAAAACAAGUGAGGCAAUGGCGUUCUUCUGCAAUCACUAUCCAACAUUGGUGGAGAGCUGUCAACAAGAGCUUGAGAAAUUCACAAAAAAGUAAUAUUAUUUCAUCCCCAACUAAUGAGGAGUUGUCCAGCACCACAAUUUUUAAACCAACUAAUGAAGAAGAAUCCUUGCCAACCACUAACCGCAGUCAUGAACAAACCAUUCACGAUUUGAAAUUGAAAUUGUGUCAGCUCUUCCAUGAAAAUGGCGAGAUCUAUACAAAGAGAGCUCAAGUGUUGCAACUCAUUUCUAAGGAAGAGAAAGCGGCGACUAACUUGGACAAAUGUAUUCACCUUAUUGAAAGCGAAAUUCAGUCGUACCAAAAGAGUCAAGUUGAAACAGACACUGGCACUCUUCUCCAUCAAAAAGCAUUCCUGGAAAGAAGUCUGAGAAAUCAUUUCGAGCGGAGUGUUGCUCCAAGAGAGGAACAAUUGGAAUUGGAGCAGUAUUGUUUCAUCUUUGAAGUUCCUAUCGACCAUCCAAGACGUUUGACCAAGUUGGUGAAAAAGCUAUUCAGCAAUCCAACACACCUGAUUCAACAAGAAGCAAGCGCCGAAAUAUUUUCCAAAUACUUUUCGUACUAA